AUGCUUGGUAUAAGCCGUCGCAGGGCAUUUCUGGCCUGUACGGCCACGGCCAUUCUCGCCCAAGGUCUCGUUUGCCGCUCCUCGGUCGCCGCAGUAAGCAACUCUGCCUCAACAACCCCAGCACAGGAUAAUCAGCAAAAUAGUUAUGCAACAGUGGCAACCGGCAGACCACACGGCUAUGCUCCGACACCAGCCUUUCUUGAAGGUAAGAAACCAGGAUUUCAGGUUGCCGCUUUGGACAACCAACACCAGGAUAUUGCCUCCGCCUCCAUCAAAUCAUCCACGAACACCGCAGAAGCACUUCAAUAUGAAGCUACCGGCGGUCCACCUCCAUCUCAAGGACUGGAAUCUUCUGUUUUUCCCGAUUCAGCUGGCCACGCGGAAGGUCAGCGCCCCACCGCAGUUGCCGCGAGACGCCUAUUGCAAGGUACCGUGGCAACCGUUGGCCCACAGAAAUCUCCGGAGCACAAGUUUACUGCCGGAGUCCCACACCGUCGUUUGCAGCUUCUGGCCGGCCUCUCGCAGCUAACGCAGCUCCCGCAUCUCAGCCCACUGCCGAAUUUGUUUGGCAGUGGGCUAAGCGCUCGCGAUAAGGACCUGCUGGAAACCUUCUCCAGGAGAGUCGGCACAAGCAGGGAGCGCUUAUACAGAGAUUUGAUGUUUACAACUGGGGCGAAAAAUCUCGGCAUGGACGAAUUUUCAAUGAAACAGCUCGUGGCGAAGGUCGGCCUUGAGAAUAUUUCUACCGGCCAUAUCCCCUCCUCGGUGCAUCUUUCUCACCAAGAGUCCCGUGUCCUGGAAGCAGCAAGACGCAGCCAUUUUGGCGUCGAAAGGAUCAUUGCAGCUUAUGAGAGAGAAGUGGCUCAGCACGCGAAGACGCUUCUUCGUGGGCUGGAGGCCAACGUGGACAAUCCGGCAGUUCGCUCAAAAAUAGCUUCUAUUGCUUCCGAUAAUCUCUUCAAGCGCCCUAGAGACGUUAUCACUGUGCGUCGCCUUCAAGAUUCCCCACGAAUAAGACGCCUUGCAGCUUUACUGCAGGGCCCUGGCCUUCUUGGUACUGCAAGCUCCCUAUUUCGUUCGAUGGACCCGUCAAGCCUUUCACAUUCCCUAAGUGCCGGCCUCGGCGGACUGGGCCUUCACCACCUCAAUCUCCCCAACAUUGGGGCUCUGGGUCACCACAGUGGCAGUGCUCAAGGGCCAUUCGCUAUUACUGACCUCAGUGGCCUUCAACAGGCACUCCAAUCUAUAUUUCCGGCGUCUCAGCAGGUAACUGCCAUAUCUGGCCCUCUUCGCUCCUUCCAGCAAGGCGUUGAGACAGCGACAGACGGCGCAAUAGGAGCAUUUUUGUCUAGAGAAGGUCUGCUGCCCUUUUUGUCGAUUGAUGCGGCUAAACAGCUGCUUGGUGGCCUUUUAGGAGGUGAGGUGGUUGGCCCCAAUGGGCUAACAGAUUGGAAGGACUUGGGGCUUUCACCUGCUGCAGUAAGUGGGCUGUCCGCUGCUAUGCCGUUUGACACAUUCCUCAACAAAUUCACGUCACUUGCUCAAGAAGUGGACUCUGGCGUUGGAAUUAUGAAGAGGGAAGCCAAAAAGCGGAUUGGCGCGCAAGGCUUUGCCAUCCUUCCAGACCAGUUGAACCAAGUUGAUAACAUCCUAGAUAGGCUUGUCUGGGGCACCUUAAACACCCCCGCGAGAAGGCUGCAACAAACGGAAGCAGCAGAGAUGGCCCUGGGGGAGCCCACGCAACAGAUAACGCCUUCUGAAGGGAGUAACCAGCAUCAAGUACCCUCUCCCGAGGAGCCCAAGACCAAAAUUAAUCCAGUUGCCGAUGCUGGGCCCCCAGCAACAGAGUUCGCUCCGCAAGUGACGGAAGCUCAGGUGCCGCCAACGAGCACACCACAGCAUCUUGCAACUCCUCCACAACAGGUCCAACUGCCAUCGUCAUCUCAGCAAGAAGAGCAGCUCCAGCCUGUUCCUGAUCCCGCUCAAGCCGCUUCCAAUACUGAGCAAUCUACUUUGAAGCCCGAGCAGCCAAGACCCGAUCCUGAGAAGACUGCUCCGGAACAGGAACAGCCUUCUUCGGAACUCAAAACGCCUAGUGCCGGGACUGAGCCUGUCCCAGAUCAUGCUCAGCAAACAACAGUGGAGAAAAGCGAUGACACUCAGCACCAGCAGCAAACCGCGGAGAGCAGUACAGCUGUAGAUGAUUUGGUGAACGCCCUACUUGAUGAAAAUGUGGGUGAGGAGGACCCAGAAGACGCGAUUAACGCCGCGUUGCAGCGAGUUGAGCUUCUAGCCGAUGCCGUUACUGUUUUGCUAAACGAAUACGAGAGGGCAGUAGAGCAUCUCCAAGACCUUCUAGACGACCAGCUGGACACAGCAGAAGAGAUUCGGGAGGAACUGGAAGAGCAAGUGAAGGACCUGAAGAGUCAGGUCACAGCUGCACAGCAGACGAAGCAGGAAGGGACAGCUACUGCAGCUGCGGAGGUAGCUAAGGCGUACGAUGAAGCGAUGGAGAGCUUCAAAGCGUCUCUUGAGGGUUUGCUAGAGAAACCUCAGGCAGAACAGCCUCUUUCCCCUGCACUGCAGGGAGAUAUUUCAGGUUUGGCCGCAAAAAUUGAAGCUGCUGCUGAGGAAAAGCUGCCGCCGCUCGUGUCUGCUCACUGA